CCACCCCCGUUGUUUCUGGAGCCCACUAGGCCACACUACCAGGAUCUGUGGGGGAGGGAAGUCACUUCCUGAGUCUUCUUGUCAGGUGAAAGGACCAGAACCUGCUUCAAGGGGGUGGAGCCAAAGCAUGUGAUGAGACACACAGUAGGUGUGCAGGCCACAUCCCCUCAUUAAGGUUCCCACACAAAAUAUUUGUUGGUGUGGGCCUCCCCUGGUGGCGCAACGGUUGAGUGCUGUGCUGCGAGGCUGCCUGCAGCCUCUGCAGCACCGGUUCGUUCCCCGGCCGCCGGCGAGGGUCCCACCAAAAGAAAAAAAAUAAUUUGUUGGUGAAUCUAAGAGGGAAUUCAUAGGAGAGUCCAGAUUUCUGGCUUCUCUGGAAAACAUAAUAAAACAGACUCCUUCCUAUUUAUUUCAGUGAUCCUGCCUGUGCCCCGGGGAAGGUUUUGUAGAUCAGGCUGUGGUAUUAUUGGCCCCUGCCCUGGGGGGGAUUAUGAGAGUCUGUUGAUUUACUAAAGGCUUCCCAAAACAUUGAACCCAAAGGUCCUGCAGCAGAGAAGACUACAGCGAUUUCCUAGCCCUGUAGGAUCAGAGGUGAGAGUCAAACCCAGAACCCCUUCUUCAGGCAUCUACCACCUACCAUGAGCCAGGCCCUGCUGCCCCUGCCCCACCCCCUCACCCCCAGCAGUCCCAUAGAGAUAGCCUUUUGCUGUCUGAUGCAGUGUGCUAGCCACCCGAUGUGCACUGGGGAUGCCUGAGCAGCUCGCUGCCAGGAGACAGGUCAGCCAAGGCUCAGGAAGUUGUCUGUGAGUUCAGUCCCCAAGAUUGAGCAGGGUUUUGCUAGAGGUGAGUAGAGGAUGUUGAGGAUAUUUUAGGCAGACAAAAUGGUAUUUGGACACUUGGUGUCUUCAAAGUAUGUAACUGGUGGCUGAGGGUGGGGAGUGGUAAGGUGUUCUCACUGUAUCCCCUCUCUGAGGCUGGUUAUCCUGUGGUGUCUGCCUUUCAGGGAAGUUGGCUUUCAAUCAGUACACUAAAAAUACUGAAUCCCUUCAAGCCAUAAUGGGACUGUGACAAGGCUGGGUCAUGAAGUGAAAGUCAGGGUGCCUCUAGCCCAGAGUUCAGAGAUGGGGGGCUCAAUAUAGUCUGAACACAUCCCAGAUUCCAAUAAGAGGUUAGAUGGGAGCUGUCUCAACGUAUAGAGAAGAGGAAUAGAUUGAUAGGAAGAAAAAGGACAUCACAGGCAGGGCAUCCAGUUGUGCAAAGGCAGGAAGUUUGCAGAUGUGGAAAGCCACAGGGAGCACAACCAGGGUUGUAAGAGGGAGGCUGGAGAGAUGAACCUGAGAAAUUAAGUGGGGGAAGCUUGUUAAGUGCAUCCCAGAAAGCCGGGCAGUAAAGUCUGCAAGUAUCCUGACACUGGCAAGCAGGGUGCGGUCUUAACAGUCUAGGCACCUUCAUUGUGGGAAGGGCUUUCUAAUUGACAGUGGGAAAAAUAAAAGAUGGGAUGGGACAUAGAAGGGAGAGCUGAUAAGGAGAUGGCAUCAUCCUGUAUGUCCCCACUUUUUCUCAUGCAUAUGGUUUUAACUGAUGGAUAGAACUUGGCAUUCCAGGUAACAUUUUUUUUUUUUAUGCAUACAAGGAUUGGGGUACAGGCCAGAGGUGUGGUGGGUGAGAGGAUUCACCAGAGACAGAGUGGGGAACAGAACAGGCAGACUGACUGAAAUGCUGAAGGGAGCUGCCGGCAAAGCAGCAGAGGUCUGCUGCGCCAUGUGGGGAGCUCCCUGGCCAGCUGGGGAUUGAACUGGUGCUGCAGAGGCUGCGGAUAGCUUCACAGUGCUGUACUUAACCCCUUGCACCACAAGGGAGGCCCUCCAAGUAACAUUCUGUAUAGCGUUACAUCAUGAACUUGAUCUGUUCUUAGAGAUCUGCCAGCCACCCCUGGGCACCACCUGCAGACAUUGUGUUGCUAGCCACACAGCCAAAGUGCCCUGUCAUAUUGUUACUGGCUGAAACAACACUUCCAUGUGUCUAUUCCCCAAACUUCCUUGUGGAAUGUUUCCAUUGGAUAUCCAUCUUGAAGGGGGAUUUCUGACUCUGCGAAAACAGAAAAGUUUUUAUGGCAUAAGACUUAAUACAUACACUUUUACAGUAAUUCUCUUUAGAAUUUUUAUUAGUUUAUACCACAUAGGUUUUUCUUUUUAAAGAGAAAAGGCAUAUACAAUAAAAUCUAUCCUCCUGACAUAGUGCUCUCUUCUAGUUCUCCUCAGCACAAUUGUUAAGCAGCUUCCUGUAUAUCCUUCCAAAAAUAUUCUAUGCAGACACUGUAUAUAGCCAGUUUAAAAAUUUUUGAUAUACUGUUAAACUAUUCAGCGUUUUGCUUUCAAUUUUAUUUUUAAAUUUGGGAUUAUGAAAUAUACCAAAGAAGCACCCUCUCCCUUCCCUUCCCCGCAGUAGCCCACCCUGUGGGUUUAACAUGUUAACAUUAUGCACGGGCAUCUUUUUUAAGGCUUUCCGGAAAUUAUCCCUGUGUCAUUUCAGCGCCAUACAGAUAAGGGCAGUUAGUUCUCAGUUAUAGGCACGCAUCAUUCUUUAUUCGGCCUGUUCCAGAUCUUGUAAAUUUAGGAUAUUGCUGAUUUUUCGUUCCUUUUUUGCUUAUAUAAUUGAUGUGUAGGUAAUACUCCACGUUUUCUAAUGUGUGACUGGGGAGGCGCUGAGGCAAGAGCGAGGCUGGGAUUGGGCUUGGGUUCGGAUGCCCGCUCAGCUUACUGCCUAGCUGCGUGUGGUGCGGGUGGGUAAUGCCGCACUGAUCCUCUCUACCCGUCUGUAAAAUGGGCCGGCUGAAGUAAUCCCUUCUCCCGCAGCCGCUGGGGAGAAUACGGCUCAAAACUAAGGAUUUCCUGGGUUUAGUUCCCAGGCCCCCCGGGGGAAGGGCUCUCCGCGCAGACUGCAGCCCUAGGGCCCCCCGCGCGCCGAGAGCGCAGGACACCUGCCGCUCCAGCUUCCAACUGUUCCCCGCGCCUUUCUCCGGCCACGCUGGGGGCGGGGCGGCGAGGUAUCUCUGUGACGCCAGCGCGCAGCGGACCAAUCCCUCAGCGGGGCAGGCGUUAGCUCCUUUGCAUGGGUCGCCCGCCAUUGGUCCGUUGAGCAACCCAGGGCGUCCCAACUUUUUAAAGCCGCCGCGUAGUAUAAACAAGGUGUUGCGGGGCUGCAGGGCCAUGAUGUCAUCGCGGCGCUGUAGCUCUUGGGGCUGACGUCAUCUCCAGGAGGUUGCCGAGCCUCGGCUGUUAAGAACCAUCCUAACCACUCGGACUGCUUAAGAGGCCGCCGCUGCCCCGUCGAAGGUCAGCCCCGUUGCACUUCACUGUCCCUGGCGGCGCCCAGUCCCCGAGGAGUGGACCAUGACACAUUUCCUCAGCUGUGAAGUAGAUCUGUCCCCUAUGUGCCAUCUCUGGUCUUCGGAGAACUUCAAGAAGCAGGCACUCCUCCCUGCCAGCUGGGAUAUUCCCCAGGACAUCAUAUUUCCCUGCUGUGCCUUGCAGAAUUUGAAGUGCCACCUGAUUUUUGCUUGGGUUGGGAGCCCCGGCCUAGCCCCUCCACCCCUCUGUCACCCCUGAUGCGACCAUGGGCUCUGGCGGUGACUAGGUGGCCACCCUCUACUCCUGUGGGUCAGCGGAGAUUCUCUGCAGGACCCGGCAGCACUCUGGGCCAGCCCUGGGGAAGCCCCGGCCGCGAGGGCCCCCUGGCCAGCCCGCCUGCCCAGGAUGAGCGCUUACCCUCCCAGCAGCCGCCACCCCGACCAUCACAUCUCCCCGUAGAGGAGCACCGAGCCUCGGCUCCUGCCGGCAGGAGCCCCCGAAUGCUGCACCCAACCUCCCAACAGAGCCCGUUCAUGGUUGAUCUCCACGAGCAGGUGCACCAGGGACCCGUCCCUCUGUCCUACACAGUCACCACAGUGACGACCCAAGGCUUCCCCUUGCCUGCAGGCCAACACAUCCCUGGCUGCAGUGCCCAGCAGCUCCCAGCAUGCUCCGUGAUGUUCAGUGGGCAGCACUACCCCCUCUGCUGCCUCCCACCCCCGCUGAUCCAGGCGUGUACCAUGCAGCAGCUCCCUGUGCCCUAUCAGGCCUACCCCCACCUCAUCUCCAGUGACCACUACAUCCUGCACCCCCCACCGCCAGCCCCACACCCCCAGCCUGCCCACAUGGCACCUCUUGGACAGUUUGUGUCGCUGCAAACCCAGCACCCACGUAUGGGCACCCAACCCUGUCUCUUCCAGCCCCUGCAGCGGCUAGAUAAUGAUGUGGAUCUGCGGGGGGACCAGCACCCCCUGGGGAGCUUCACCUACUCCACCUCUGCACCGGGCCCAGCCCUGCCCCUGCACUACCUGCCCCACGAUCCACUGCAUCAGGAGCUGUCCUUCGGUGUGCCGUAUUCCCAUAUGAUGCCACGGAGACUGAGCACCCAGAGAUACCGCCUGCAACAGCCGCUGCCCCCACCACCCCCGCCGCCGCCCCCACCACCAUAUUACCCCAGCUUCCUGCCCUACUUCCUCUCGAUGCUGCCAAUGUCACCAACAGCAAUGGGGCCCACCAUCAGUCUGGACCUUGACGUGGAUGACGUGGAGAUGGAGAACUAUGAGGCCCUCCUGAACCUGGCAGAGCGGCUGGGAGACGCCAAGCCCCGAGGCCUCACCAAAGCGGACAUUGAGCAGCUUCCGUCCUACCGCUUCAACCCAGAUGGUCACCAGUCGGAGCAGACCCUGUGUGUCGUCUGCUUCAGCGACUUCGAGGCGAGGCAGCUGCUCCGAGUUCUCCCUUGCAACCACGAAUUCCACACCAAGUGUGUCGACAAGUGGUUGAAGGCCAACCGGACCUGUCCCAUUUGCCGGGCUGAUGCCUCCGAGGUGCCCAGGGAGGCUGAGUGAGGCCCCACAACUGUCCAGGAGAACCCUGUCCGAAGCUCUGGAAACUCGGGGGGGGACCCAGGGAGGAUGGGGAGGGAGUGACCCAGGCCUGCCCCAUCGUUCUCACCUGCAUCUCCAGAGCUGGUGCCAGGGUCAGCCCCAAGAGAAGCCCCUGCAAUAAGCCCCUGCACUUGCCAAGCUCCAAAGACUCCUUCCCCCAUCUGCCUGCCAGUCCGCCUGCCACGGAGCUGCCUGAGUGUCCCCAACUCGGUCUCCUUCCUGUUUGCCCUUGGGUCCACCUCUUUCCUGCCGGCACUGGGAGCCAGGGGUCCAUUCCCCCAGUGCAGUUGGUGGGUCCUUGGCCCCGGGCUGGGCAAACGGGGCACAGUCCUGGGUAGCCUGGUCUCUAGCACUGAAGUGUUAUCCCAUCUGCCCAGGUGGCACGGACGGGCAUGCAGCGAGACAGUGGCACGAGGCCAUCUUGAGCCCCAGGCCCGGGUCCUCCUGCCUUGAUCCCAGACAGACUCAGGCAGCCAGCCCAGCCCAGGCUGCAGUGAAGGGGGUCAGUCUGGUUCCCAGGAGGACUCUUACCCCAGGCACAACAUUCCAGCCCCACCCCCAGGCUGGAGGGUGUCAGAGCCAGCCUCCCAAGCACAUGGGAGACAGACCCUGAGCUGGGGCGGCACAGAUCCUGAGGGGGCCUGCGCCGUGCCAGGAAGAGUGACCUGUGUUCUAGUGGCCACCCCCUGCUGGUGGCGGGGGCCAGACCCAUGUCCAAUCUCCCCUCUGUCGUUUUGCAUGAAUGUGAGGAGCAGCAGUUUUUGCUUAUUCAUUUGGCCCAAAAUCGCGUGUAGGAUUUGGGGGUGUGGAUUUUUAAAACAAUUUGUUUUCUUCUGGUUUAAUGGGGGGAGGGGGUCUAGGGACCAACUAGGACCGAGUACCCAGGGGGCAGGAACUGGUCCUGUGGUGCCGCCUGGUUUGCAUGCGCGUGGCUGGGCUGGACCAGGCGGCUGGUGGUCACGGUUGGGGUUGGGGGGGCGCUCUGUGCUCAGCUGAUAACUGCCAUGCACUGUACUGCACACGUCCCCAGAGCCUACCGGGACCGUACGCUUUUCAGGGCAUUUAUCCCUCUCCAGCCAGGGCCUGUCUCCCACCUGCCUGGGUGAGUCUCCUCCAAGGAAGUCCCAAGAGGGCAGGGACCAGGGAGGGCAUGGACCCCACUUCCGGGGGUCCCCUCCCAGCCUGAACCCUGCUCUCCAGGCCUGGAGGAACCCCCCCCCCCCCGCCCCCAUAGGGUCUGGCUGAGCUCCCUCUUCCUCCCCGGUCCUAUUCCUUGCCUUUCCUAUCCCCAGCUGGGGUUGCUGCCCUGAACGAACCGCGUGUGGGGCCGGCACAUCCUAGCAGGCAGCCCCUGGCGCCUGCUGCCUCAGGGAUGCUCCAACCACCCUCGUUCUCCCGUAGCGCCCUGGCUCCCUGCCUCUUCCUAGCCUGCCAUGGGGCCCCAUCAGCCCGGCCCCACCCCCAUGGAGAACCCAAAGUCUUACUGUAUAUAACUCCAGGUGACGUUUCUAUAUUUAUAGCAGUGUUGAAACCCCACAUGUUUUACACAGAACCACCCUCUCCCACCCCCCUCCCUCUCCCUCCCCAACAAAAGGUUUUCAAAACCCUUACGGUUCCUGGGGCAGGCGGAAACAGGCUCACGGAUUGCGUGUCGGCUGCAGCCAUGGUUCCAACAAGCAGCUAUGGGGGGAAACACAACAUUUAAAAAAAAAAUCAUUAAAAAAAAAGAUUUAUGAAACAAUUACUUAGGAUGUUUGUGAUUUGCCGACCUUGCUAUAGAUGCCAUGUUACCAAUGAUUUCCUGUGGUGGGGGCUUGUCAUUGUUUACUCUUUUAUUUACCAACUUCUGGCCUAGGCAUGACAGUGGACACCAUCCCCCAGCCCUGGCUGGGCCCAGCACCUGUGUUCUGUGUUAGGAAGGUUUUAUAUAUAUAUAAUUACAUAUAUAUAUGUGUGUGUAUAUAUAUGUAAUUUUGGGGGGCCCUGUUCCUUGCACAUUUUACAGUUACCUCAUUUUUUCCCAUGUAUGUAUUUGAGAAAAUGCUAAUAUAUAGAGAAAAAAAAAAGGUUCUUAAAGCUUAAAUGUGUGGUUUUUUCCAUUCCAUUGGAUUCACAUUGGUUUGUAGCAUUUAACAUAACUAGUAUGUUGUAUUAUAUAUAUGUGUAUACUGAUUGAAAUUUUUAACAGAUUUGUACUUUUUUUAAAAUGAAAGUUGCUAGUUCUGCUUGACCAAGUAGUGCAAUCAUUAUUUUUUUUAAUAUUGUUGCUGAUUUCAGAGGGAUAUUCACUAAUAAAUGUAUGACGUAUA